CAUAGCCCCAUAGGGGUUUUGGGCACUCCCCAGGGGUCCUGGGGUACCCCCCCAUAGCCCCAUAGGGGUCUUGGGGCACCCUCUACAGGAGCCCUGGGGGUCCUGAGGGACCUUCUCCCUCCAUAGGGGUUUUGGGGUACCCCCCCAGGAGUUCUGGGGUACCCACAACUCCCAGCUCCACUUGGGUCCUGGGGUCCCCCCAUAACCCCAUGGGGUCCUGGGUACCCCCAAAGGGGUCCUGGGGACCUUCCUCCCCAUAGCCCUUAAGGGGGUCCCGAACACGCUCCCCACGGCGGGUCCCGGGGCAUCUCCCCGCCCUCCCCACAGCCCCGUGGGGGUCCCGCCCCCCCCGCCCGGUGCCGGUGCUGAGCGGGGCUGGGCGGACCCCGGUUCCCGGCCCCCGCCCCCGGCUCCCCCCGCCCCUCCCCGCCCUCUCGCCGGUGCCGGCUCGGGGAAAGUUGCGACGGAGCCCGGGCGGCGGAGACGGAGCCGGCGGCACCGGGAGCGGCGGCACCGGCUGCACCGGGACACGGCAGCACCGAGCGCGGCGGUACCGGCAGCACCGGCGCUUCCCGGCCGAGCAUCCUCGGGGGCCAUGGAGCCGCCGCGGAGCCUCCCGGGGCUGCAGCCCGAGCGUGAGGGGCCGGACCCGGCCGGCGGCUGCUGCCCCUCCCCGCUGGAGAUCAAGUCCGCCCCCAGCAAGAAGAUUUGGGUCAAGCUCCGAGCGCUGCUGCGGUUCAUGGUGAAGCAGCUGGAGACGGGCGAGGUGAACGUGGAGGAGCUGCGCAGGAACCUGGAGUACGCGGCCUCGCUGCUCGAGGCCGUUUGCAUCGAUGAGACCAGGCAGAUGCUGGACACGGAGGACGAGCUGCGGGCCAUGGGCUCGGACGCCGCCGUCCCCUCCGAGGUGCGGGACUGGCUGGCGGCCACCUUCACCCAGCAGGCGCGUGCCAAGGGCCGCCGCGCCGAGGAGAAACCCAAGUUCCGCAGCAUCGUCCACGCCGUCCAGGCCGGAAUCUUCGUGGAGAGGAUGUUUCGCCGGACGUACACGGCCGUGGGGCCCAGCUACUCCACCUCCGUCCUCAACUGCCUGAAGAGCCUCGACCUUUGGUGCUUCGACGUCUUCACGCUGAACCGGGUGACGGACGAUCACUCCCUGCGCACCAUCGUCUUCGAGCUCUUCACCCGACACAACCUCAACAGCCGCUUCAAGAUCCCCACCGUCUUCCUGACCACGCUGCUGGACGCGCUGGAGACCGGCUACGGCAAGUACCGCAACCCCUACCACAACCAGGUCCACGCCGCCGAUGUCACCCAGACCGUCCACUGCUUCCUGCUGCGCACUGGGAUGCUGCACUACCUGACGGAGAUCGAGGUCCUGGCCACCAUCUUCGCUGCCGCCAUCCACGACUACGAGCACACGGGCACCACCAACAGCUUCCACAUCCAGACCAAGUCGGACUGCGCCAUCCUCUACAACGACCGCUCAGUGCUGGAGAACCACCACAUCAGCGCCGUGUUCCGCAUGAUGCAGGAUGACGAGAUGAACAUCUUCGUCAACCUCACCAAGGACGAGUUUGCGGAGCUGCGGGCGCUGGUGAUCGAGAUGGUCCUGGCCACCGACAUGUCCUGCCACUUCCAGCAGGUCAAGUCCAUGAAGACGUCGCUGCAGCAGCUGGAGCGGAUCGACAAGUCCAAGGUGCUGUCGCUGCUGCUGCAUGCGGCCGAUAUCAGCCACCCCACCAAGCAGUGGGCUGUGCACAGCCGCUGGACCAAGGCGCUGAUGGAGGAGUUCUUCAGGCAGGGGGACAAGGAGGCCGAGCUGGGGCUGCCCUUCUCGCCGCUCUGCGACCGCACUUCAACGCUGGUGGCCCAGUCGCAGAUCGGCUUCAUCGACUUCAUCGUGGAACCCACCUUCUCGGUGCUGACCGACGUGGCCGAGAAGCUGGUGCUGCCCCUCACCGAGGACGGCACCAAGUCCAAGGGCAACCCGGCGGCCACCCAGCCGCCCAGCUCGCAGUGGCGGCAGCCGUCCCUGGAUGAGCACCUGGAGCUGGGGGACAUCAAAUCCGACCUGGCCGGGUUCCGCUCCACCUGGACCAAGUACAUCCAGGAGAACAAGCAGAAGUGGAAGGAGCGGGCGGCCAGUGGCAUCACCAACCAGGCGUCCAUCGAGGAGCUGUCACCCUGCGAGGAACCACCCGCCACCAGAAACAACCAGAACGGGGACGUGGAAUAACAGCGGGAGCAGCGAGGUUCUCGUCCGGCCGAGUGACGCCGUCUCACCCACUGUGUCCGACGCCAUCGAGUUCAGCACCAUUCGUGGGGAGGGAGGAUUCGUGCCGGUGCCACCAGCACCCCCGGGGUCGGUCCCCCUGGUCCCCCCAGCCCGGCCACCUCCGGCCACCUGUGCCAAACCUGGGGCCACUGGUGACGGUGACACCGACCCUCUCGCUGUCACACCAGUGGCUUCCCGGCCCCCCACGCUGGGUUUUGCCCUUAUGAUUUUCUACAAAAGCUGCUUCCCACCCCAGGGCGGGGUGGGGACGAUGGCGGUGGCACUGGGGACAGCAGGUGACAGAGGAGCCAUGUGGGGUGUGUCACCAUGAGGGCCACCGUUGUCCCCUCUGUGCCUGCUGGGUCAGUGCGGCCACACCGUGGUGGGUGUCCCCAAACGUCCCUAAAUGUCCCCAUCCUGCCCUAUGCGCCUGGAGCAUCCCUGUCCCCUGAUCUGUGUGUCUGUGGGGCCCGUCCCCCUGUCCCCCCAGGGUCCUGCCCCACAUGGUGUGGGUGAGGUGGGGGGUGAUGGGGCAGCGGUGGGGGGGCAGGAUCGGGCCCAGAGGUGACAGCACCAGCCCCAGUGUCCCCAGGGCUGUGCCAGCCCCUCCUGGCCCCGCUGUGUCUCCAGCAUCUCUGGCUCCAGCGUGCACCCCAGAUCCCCCCCUGGCUUCCUCCACCUCGAGCAUCCUCCUGCAUCCCGGUGUCCCUCGAGCAUCCUUGAGCAUCCUCUGCCAUUCCGGCUCUGGUGUCCCUUGAGCAUCCUCCAGCAUCCCCGUGUGUCUCGAGCAUCCUCUGGCAUUCUGGUGUAUCUCGAGCAUCCUCCAGCAUCUUGGUUCUGGUGUGCUUCAAGCAUCCUCUGGCAUCCUGGUUCCAGUAUGUCCUGAGCAUCUUCUGACAUCCCAGUUCUGGCAUGCCUUGAGCAUCCUUGAGCAUCCUCCGGCAUCCUGGUUUGCCUCAAGCAUCCUCCAGCAUCCCAGCUCUGGUGUGCCUCGAGCAUCCUUGAGUAUCCUCUGGCAUUCUGGUGUGCAUCGAGUACCCUCCGGUGUCCUGGUUCCAGUGUGCCUUGAGCAUCCUCCAGCAUCCCGGUGUAUCUCGAGCAUCCUCCAGCAUCCCGGUGUAUCUCAAGCAUCCUUGAGCAUUCUCCAGCAUCCUGGUGUAUCUUGAGCAUCCUCCAGCAUCCUGGUGCAUCUCGAGCAUCCUCCUGCAUCCCAGGGUAUCUUGAGCAUCCUCCUGCAUCCCGGUGCAUCUCGAGCAUCCUCUGGUAUCCUGGUUCCAGCGUGUCCAGAGCAUCCUUGAGCAUCCUCCCGCAUCCCAUGUGCCUUGAGCAUCCUCCAGCUCCAGCACCCCCCGCUCCGGCCCCCUGGCUCAGCCCCCCCCACCGUGCCCCCCACCCAUUUCCCCCCUCCCCACUGGCACAGCUCCACCCACACACGCAUGUGAAAUGAAGCGCCGCCGCUAACGAGCAAUUAAUAAACCAUCCACCACCACC